CAAAAAUAAAUAAAUAAAAACGUAAAACUCAGCAGAAAGUAAUAAAAAUAAGAGCGGACACGUCCCACGAAAAAGAAAAAAAGAAAACGAAAACGAAAACGAGCCCGCCCCGGAGGAGGAAGCCAAAGUGUCAACAAGGACACUUCAAAGGACAGUGAAUCGACGAGGUAGGCGAGACCAGAACAGCGUGGAAAAGCUGGUGGAGUAGGUAGGAGUCGGGUGCAGAUUGUCCAGACCCCCAAACCCCCGCCGCCGACGAAGACAGUCAGUAGCGAAUUCCCCGCUGGCGAGCAAUUGAGCAAUUUUGCAAAAUGGAUGCGCUGCGCUUCCGUGGUUCACCAUUCGCCCGUUUCACAGGACAGUCAACUGGACCGGGACAUCCCCGCCCGCCGCCACAUCCCCAGCAUCCGCAACGCCCACAACCGAUGGGUUCACAUGGUAUCAGCGCACCCGAACCACUGAUCGUGGUCGAGGAAUCCAAUUUACCAGAAGAGCAGGAGGACAGCUCCGAGCCCACAGUUUCUAAUCGUGGCAGUUUGGACAUUGAUUCGCCAGUUAAUCCAUAUCUCCUCUCACCAUGGCGUGAUCCGCGCGAGGCCAGAAAGCAUUCGUUGCCCUCACAGCAGGUUACCGAUGGUAUCACAGCCAGUCAAGUGCGUAGGCUUUCGGAGCGUGGUGGUGAAGGCUCUGGGCCGACACCCAAGGAGGCUGCCUUUUUGGCCACCCUUUCACAGGCUCCUGCUCCAACUGGACGUCGUCAUUCGGUGGUUACCAUAUCUAAGGUGCCAACAACCAUCUUUGGACGUUCGCGCCGCGAAUCCGUGGCUGCUUAUCCUAAUAGUAAUGGAAGUAGUCGCGUUUUGAACUCACGACGGGAGAGCAACACAGGACCCCCGUCGACAGACCCCAUCGGUAGCAUCCACAAUCUGCAGCUGGACAUCAUGGACGAUAUCUAUUUACAGUCUCGGAAGGCACGCUUGAAGCUCUGGACCUCCUCCAACGAGAAGGUUUGCGAAGUACAGACCGUAGACGAGGCGGGCACCGGUCAGCCGGGCAGGCGUUUCACCAACAGACGCUACUCAGAGUGCCCCCAGCCGGGAUUGGCCAGCACCUUUCGCCGUGCCUCCGAGUUGCCACAGCCGCAACAGCAGCAGCAACCGCAAGGCUCGACUCGUGCUUCGACGCGUCGCAAGAAGUCGGGCAGUGGUACUGGUCUCUUGGGCAGUCGCUCGGACAUCGCCGGGAUAUUCAGUUCGUUGACCAGCUCGGCCAUGGAUAUGCACAGGCCAGAACCGGAGGGACGAGAUGGUAGCUCAAGUGCCAGUUCCUCGGCAACAGCCACGGCCAGUAGUCCGUUCCUUAGUCAGACUUUUCAGGCUGCAGCUCGUGGACGAGCCACCAGCGCCACGCCGACACCAACAGCACAGGCAGCCGGAGGGGGUGGUGCCGCCGGAGGAGCAGGCAGUUCAGCAGGAUGCAGUGGCGGUCUGCUGGAUCCGAAUGCCGGACGCUCUACCCGUUCCAACAGCUUCGAUGUGUCCCUGCUGAACAAUGCCAAGCAGCUGGUCAGUGAUGUCCAGGACAAUGGAUCGGCCACGUUGACCGGUUGGUUUGCCAAGCGUCAUACGCCGUUGGCCCGCAAGAAGAGUGUGCGCAGCAAGAGCUCAGCGGUGGCACUGUCCAAGGACGUACUGGAACGAUUGCAGAAGAAGGAUCCUUUGGGCGGAGAUUCUGGUAAGCCGAAACUAAAGCCCAGAAGUAAACAGAAGACCUGGGCGGAAUCGACCAAGGCAACGGUGGAUGCCACCAUUUUGGGCACGGCCAUCGAGGGUUUCCUGCGCAAGAGCUCCAAUGCAAGUAUGGGUGGCUCUGGAUCGUCGGGCGGUGCCUCUACAUCGGCAGCUGCUCGUGGCGCUACGCCCAAGGCGGGCAAAGAUUCGGGCAGUGCUAGUGGUAGUCCAGCUCAUGGCGCACGUCGUAGUCGAGCCUCGGCCAGCAGCUCCGCUCAAUCGCAGGCUGGACGGGCGGUACGCUCUACAUUGAAUUGGUUUGGUAAGGCCGACGAGGAUGACUCUAAGGACACAUGCGAUGCCUCGCUAUGCGCCACGCUCAAAGACCUGUUUGUUAAAUAGGUCGGGGGGCGCAGAGGCAAGUAAAGCAAUGGGUCGAGUCCCGGCUAGAGCAGCACAACGCCCGCUACUUGCACCUCUGAGAUCCAAAAAUCCUUAUCGAAAAUCGAAAACCGAAAACGAAAAACAAAGUUGGAGGCUUACACAACCCAGUGAACAAUAAGCACAGCAGCAGCAUCAGCAUCAGCAUCAGCAUAAGCAUCAGCCAUCAGCAGUAAUCACCAUUGAAAUCAUCACAUAACAUAGAAGCAAGAGCUUAAUGACAGAUUAAAAGCACAGCAAAAGUCUUCCUUUUGUUUCGUAAAAGGAGAGAUGCAGCAAAUAAUACAACAAAAUCAAUAAUAUAAUCGCAGGCACUUACAUAACUCGCAAACAAUGCAAUAAUAAUAAUUGACAGCAAAGGCUUCACACACACACACACACACAAACACACUUACACAUACACAGCCAUUAAACACUUAAGGAAAAAAAAGAAAACAAAAAGAAAAGAGCAGACUUCUGAUCUAAAACUGGUAACUGAAUGAGAAAUUAGAACUGCAAUGCAAACCGUAUACCUAGUAAUGGAACAAUAACAGACCCGAAGCUAUCGUUACCUGAACAGUUUAAACAGAUUGAGAUAUAUAUAUUCGUACAUACAUUAACUCGUCUAUAUAUAUAUAUAUAUAGCAACAAUAAGAGAGCACAAAAUGAUGGAUCAAAUGGAGAAAUAAGUACUUAUCACAGCAACAGUGCACAGUGACCUACAUAGAUGGCCUACAAAACAGAAGAAAAAGAAAAACCCCGCAAAACCCCGAAAGAAAACCCCGAAAAACCGAUUAAUGGUGAAUAUUAAGAGUACAAGAGAGCAACUUUUUAACGGUACAAGUAACUUAAUGCAUAACGGUAAGUGCGAGAUGUUGAAGAUGGUAAAUAAACGAAAACGAUAAGCGAUAAACAGUGAUCGAUAGGCAGUUAGUUAAGCGAUAAACGAUAGAGAUUAAGGCAACGCUGCAGGGGGAGUCAGGAAAAUAUGGAAUCAGACAUCAGGAAACGAUGACACAACACCUCACCCCAUCGGGCUGGACCUCAUAUAAAGCUAAAAGAUAUAUAUAUAUUCUCAUACAUUUGCAUAACAUUUGUAAAAGACAAAGACGAAGACGAAGACGAAGACAAAGACGAAGAAGAAAAAGAUAAAGGAAGCACAAAAAAAAAGAAAGAAGUAAGAAGGGCAGAGAAUAUACAAAUAUUUUUCUACGUGCAGAGCAAUUUAAGCGGGUCUCUCUCGGUAAAGGAGUAAAUCCCGGGUUAAAAAAAGUAAAACGACGGACUUGUUGAGGCAUUGCCGAUAUGGCAAAUGAAACUACCUAUAUAUGGAGUAUUUUCAUCUUGUUUUUUGUUGUUUUUUUUUUGGUGCCCCAGCAUAUAUAUAUUGGCACAUAUCAAAGUGAAUCAGUAUCAGAUACACACGAGACAUAUGUACAAUUUUGUGGCAAGGCCAGGCGGUCUUUAAAAUAUCAGAAAAGUCGCAAACAAUCGUUUAAAUCAGAGAGAUGAUGUUGCCACAACCAUAUCAAUACAACACACCCACACACACACACAUAAUCAGCACAUCUAUGUGCCUGGAAAAACACACAUACAUACUCGUUUAUCUAUGGAGAAUAAGAAGUAAAUGUCUACAGACUCAAGAGUUUUAAUCAAUGUAAACCACACAAUAAAUGUAAUUUGUAUGUACAAUCUGAGCUUACUCGAGGCGGCAAAAAUCACCAAAAAAUCUCAAAUCACAAAAAUAACAACAACAACAAUAACAAACAACAAAUGCCAAACUAAAACCGAGUCGAGCUGAAAAUUCAAUUGAAAAAUCGAAUAUAAAUUAAUGUUCGCGUUGAAUAUUUAAUGUUAAACGUAAAAUAAUACGCAAAAAAAAAGCAGAAAUGCAAAAAAGCAGAAAAGCAGAAAAGCUGAAAAUCUGAAAAGUAGCAAGUAGAAGCAGAUGGGGGAGAGGAGUAGAAGGAGGAGGAGUUUACCCAGGAAGAAGUUUGAAAAUCAAUUAACGAAGAAAUUCAAAUUGGAAAUUCGCAAUUGCAAAAAUUGGCAAACAGAGAGAGGGGGGCGGGCGGGCGCUAUAGAAACAGACAGUGAGAGAUAGCCAAACAGACAGAUAGAUAGCGAAAGAAAGAAAGAGAGAGAGAGAAGGAUGGACGGACAAACAAACAAACAAACAAUCAGUCAAUAUUGCAAUCAAUCAAGUGCGUUUCUAUAUAUGCGGCAUUUGGUUUUGUCAAUUUGUCAAUUUUGAUCAAAGGCAAUCCCCAAUGGCGUUGUAAAUAUAGGGAUUUGGAUUGGACUGCAGUGUAGUUAAAUAACUACUAAAUAUAUAAUAUAUAUAUAUAAUAAACAAACACACACACACAUACACACAUAUAGAUAUAUAUAUACAAUAACCAUAUUGAGUAUGUUUAACAAUUAACCCAUCUAUCAAAGAUUGUAUUCUAUCUCAAUGUGCCCGAAGAAAGAAAAAAUGUGUUUUUUUUAGACUUCGAUUUCGCGUGUCUCAAGGAGGAGUAACCAAACCAAAGUUAACUUUCACUUUCAGUGUGUUAUAUAAGAUAAUACCUAAAUACUGAUCUAAACAUAUAUAUAUAUCUAUAUAUAUAUAUAUAUGAAUAUACAAUAUAUAAAAACUAUUUACAAGUGCAAUCCUUCUUGGUUGCAGCUAACUAAAGUUGUCCACGUUUUGCUCAUCAUCCUAACUGUUGUUCUAUAACGUUGCUAUUACCAAACUAUACAAAUACUAUAUACUAUAUACUAUAUACUAUAUACUAUAUACUAUAUAUAUACUAUAUAACAAUAAAUGUGUACAAAAACAAAAACCAAAAAAAAAGGAAAAGUUUGAGAGAUCUAAGAUCCUGAAGAUCUUCUCCAAACAUGCAUCCCGCUUAGUAAGAAGGCCAAAGCAACUCUCAAGUUCUAUUUGUCCUAUUUUUGAUAGUUAUAUAUAUAUAUACGAAAUAUAUAUAUAUAUGUAUACAAAACACCCGAAUACUAUAUAUAUAUAUAUAUAAAUGGAUGCAAUUUUUUUCGAUUGAUUUAGCAUUGAAUGUGCAUAGAUUUAUGACUAACAUACAGAGACAGACAUAUUCGUGUAUAUGUAUGUGUAACUAUAAAGAUAAUAAUGCAUCCAAGUACACCCUUUAAAGAUAACCAAUCAGCGGAUAAAAUGAAAAUUUACUUUUAAUCCAAGAAAAGAAAACCCUUAAACCGCUGAUUAAAGACCCAAAAAAGAACAAAGAAAGAAAGAAAAGGGUUAUCAUUGUCAUUGUCAUUUGUUGUUGACGUUGUUUGAUGUCGUGCAAUUGUAAUUUACCGUUGUUCAAUUGUUGUUAAUGUUUAACCACAUGUAUGUUUGUGUGUAUGUAUGUAAGACCUAAGGCUACAUACAAGCAAGCGGUUACCACCGACUACAGUACUUUAGUAGUGUUAACUGGCGCCCAACGUAAUAUUAUAUAUAUAUAUCUAUAUCUAUAUACCCACAUCUCUCUUAGUGUGUGGUAUUCAAGAUCAUAGCGAUAUAUAUACUAAAUAUAUAUAUCCUAUGUAUAAACUACGAUUUGAGCGAUCUACAUAUAUAACAUAUAUGAUUUCAAUCUCUAAUCUUUACAAAUAUUUUUUUUCGGGCUUUUUACUGGGCUGACAGCACCGCACCCAGAGGGGAAAAGUGGGCAAAACUACGCAUAAUCUAGUGAGUAAUGAGGAUAAAAGAAGAAAAAGAAAGUUGGCUUAGAGAAUGGCACGUAAUAUAUAUAUACAAAGCUAAGAUAUAUAUCUAUGUAAAUAACGGAAGGAAUACGUUUGUACAUAAUUAUGCGUAUGCUAGCAAGGUGGGGGGGAUAGCAAGCAAAGAAGUAGUAGUUGUUUUUUUUUUUAAUUAUUACUAAAAAAAAGAAGAAGAAGAAAGAAAGAAAAAAGCCAAAAUCCAAAUGCAACCGAAUGUAAAACAAUCAAUUGAUGACACAUAAUGUAAAACGAAAACAAAUUGUAAAACCAAAAAAACAAUACAACUUAAAAUUGCAAGUAGACGAGAACGAGAAUCAUACAGUACUCAUAUAUAUAUAUAUAUAACUUAAUAUAUAUAUAUAUAUACCUCGUACAUAGGUAUGCACUUUAUAAGGCACGUCGUCGCCCAGGCGAGGAAGAAGUACGAUGGAAGGACUAAGUUGAGAAUGUGUGCACCAGGCGAGUGUACUUUACCACACAUACAAUACCCAAUAUACAGCUAAAUAUACACCCAUAUACAUCUAUAUAUACAUAUGGAAUAUAUAUAUAUAUAUAUACGGAAAUAAAUAGUUUAUGUGUACAGAUUGCUGACGCUUUCAUUUCAAGCAAGGGUAAGGGAGGGAGUCCUGGUCUUGGGUUACCUACCAACCCAAGCCCAUGAUUAAUGGCAGCGCGAAAGGAGUAGCCAGCCUGCCGCAGGGGGGAACGCGGAAAUACUGCCAAGUGCAACCAGCUGAUGAUACACCAACGAGGCACGAGUCUUGCCCAGCGGCAGCCAGUCAUAAAUCAAACAUCCAUCCAUCCGUUCAUCCCAGCCCAAAAACUCAAACCCAAACCCAAGCCGAAACUCACCUC